AUGGAAGCCUUAAUUCCUAUUCUCAAUAAACUUCAAGAUGUAUUCAAUACAGUUGGUUCUGAAAGUAUUCAAUUACCACAAAUAGUUGUUGUCGGCUCACAAAGUGCUGGUAAAAGUUCUGUAUUAGAAAAUCUUGUUGGACGAGAUUUUCUUCCACGUGGUGCCGGUAUUGUUACAAGACGUCCAUUAACUCUUCAACUUGUUUAUACACCACCAGAGGAUAAAGUUGUACAAUGUCAAAGUCUAGGAAUGUCUGUACCGGAUGAAAAUGAAUUUGCUAUAUUUACACAUAUUAAAAAUAAAAUUUAUACAGAUUUUAAUGAAAUUCGUCACGAAAUUGAAGCAGAAACAGAUCGACUUGGUGGAAAAAAAAAUAUUUCUCAUGAACCAAUAACAUUAAAAAUUUAUUCACCAAAAGUUGUUACACUUACAUUAGUCGAUUUACCUGGUUUAACAAAAGUACCUGUAGAAGAUCAACCAGCAGAUAUUGAAACACAAGUACGAAAUUUAAUAAUGCAUUAUAUAUCAAAUCCAAAUGCUAUUAUUCUUGCUAUAACACCAGCAAAUGUAGAUUUUUCAACAUCAGAAGCUGUUAAAUUUGCUAAAGAAGUUGAUCCUGAAGGAAGACGAACUUUAGCUGUUUUAACAAAACUUGAUUUAAUGGAUCGUGGAACAGAUGCAUAUGAUGUACUUUGUGGAAGAAUUAUUCCUGUUAAAUUAGGUAUUAUUGGUGUUGUUAAUCGAAGUCAAGAAGAUAUUCAUAAGAAAAAACCAAUUGAAGAAGCACUUCGUUAUGAAUCAGCUUUGCUUCAAAAGAAUUAUCCAUCAAUUGCUAGUCGAAAUGGAACACCAUUUCUUGCUAAAACAUUAAAUAGAUUAUUAAUGCAUCAUAUUCGAGAUUGUUUACCAGCAUUAAAAACACGUAUUAAUCAAAUGGUAUCUCAUUUUCAAACACUUGUUAAUUCAUUUGGUGAACCAAUUGAAGAUAAAGGUCGAUUAUUACUUCAAAUAAUAACAAAAUUUGCAUCAAGUUAUUGUGCUACAAUUGAAGGCACAGCAAAAAAUAUUGAAGUUUCAGAAUUAUGUGGUGGUGCACGAAUUUGUUAUAUAUUUCAUGAAACAUUUGCACGUGCUCUUGAAUCAAUUAAUCCAUUAGAUACUUUAACAACAUUUGAUAUACUUACAGCAAUACGAAAUGCAACUGGUCCAAGACCUGCUUUAUUCGUACCUGAAGUUUCAUUUGAACUGCUUGUUAAACGACAAAUCAAACGGUUAGAAGAUCCAGGUUUACGUUGUGUUGAACUCGUACAUGAAGAAUUACAACGAAUUAUACAACACUGUGGUGCUCAACAAGAAUUUAUUCGAUUUCCUCGUUUACAUGAAAAAAUUGUUGAUGUUGUUACACAUUUAUUACGUCGUCGUUUACCAGAAACAAAUCGAAUGGUUGAAAAUCUUGUCGGUAUUGAAUUAGCAUAUAUUAAUACAAAACAUCCAGAUUUUUAUGAAGCUGGACUUAUUCAUAAAGCAUUAACAGGUGGUGAUUAUAUUACAACAACCACAACAAAUCAAAAUCAACCACAACAUUCACAUAAUAAAUCUCAACGUGAUAUAUCUCGAGGAAAAGAAAAUCGAAGUAGUGAGGAAUCAACAUUGGGAAAAAUAACUUCAUAUAGUAGAGCAUUAGUUCAACAACAUCUAACCGAUGGUAAUGAUGAUGAAUCCAUAGUUAAUGGUGAUCAACCAUCACGAUCUAUGUCGAAUACUACUAAUAGUUCUCCAACAACAACAGCAAUAUCGAUGGUACCUAUUGGUGAUGGAACAACAAUCAAUGCUCGACAACUUUCACCACGUGAACAACGUGAUUGUGAAGUUAUUGAAAAAUUAAUUCGUUGUUAUUUUUUAAUUGUUCGUAAAAAUAUUCAAGAUAGUGUACCUAAAGCUAUCAUGCAUUUUCUUGUUAAUUAUGUAAAAGAUCAAUUACAAAGUGAACUUGUUGCAUCACUUUAUAAAACAGCAACACAUGAACAUGAUGAAUUACUUGAUGAAUCUGGUCAAAUUGCUCAAAGACGUAAAGAUGCACAAGAAAUGCUUGAAGCAUUACAUAAAGGAAAUCAAAUAAUAUCAGAAGUACGUGAAACACAUCUCUGGUAA